GCAGGACACAGCGGCACCCGGGGCCGCUCCGCGCUUCCCGGAGCCGAGAAGCGCGCCGCCGGGGCCAGGCCCCACCCCGCCCGCGUUGCCAGGCUCCCGGCCAAGGGGCGGACCCGCGGGCGCGCGCGCGCCGGCCUCUAUGCGCUCACGGGCCCUCCCCGCGUUGCAUGGCGGCGCGCCCCCGGCCGAGGGCACGCGGGCACGCGGGCCGCGCUCAGCGGAACGAUGGGGGCGUCGCAGGAAGCACCACGGACUUCGCCUCGGCCGCGGCGCGCCUUCCACAACACCCUGAUCUUCUGCUGGAGGAGGGGGGGGCGCCGCCACGAACGCAGGUCGGGCGCGCCCAGCACCCGGGCCUCAGGCCCCGCCUCCGCGCACGCCUCCGGGGGCCUCGCCCGGGCGGGGGCGCGCGCGCCGGCCCGGAGACCGAGCUGGCCCGGCAGGCGCUGCGCGGGCAGCAUGGCGGCGCCCGGCGAGCAAGGGCGCUUCCGUAGUGGGAGCUUCUUCUCCUUCAUACUCGGCGGUGCUCGCUCCGAGAAGAUGGACGACCUGGGGACGGACGCGCGGGGCCGGGGCGCGGGGCGGAGAGAUGCCACCGCCUCGGCGUCGACGCCAGCCAGGGCCCCGACCUCCGACUCUCAGGUCGCGGAGGACACCUCCCGGCGGCGGCCCUGCAGGGCCUGCGUGGACUUCAGGGCGUGGAUGCGGACGCAGCAGAAGGUGCAGCGGGACAAGUUUAGGGAAGAUUGCCCUCAGGAUCGCGAAGAACUGGGCCGCCACAGCUGGGCUGUCCUCCACACCCUGGCUGCCUACUACCCCGACCUGCCUACUCCAGAAGAGCAGCAAGACAUGGCCCAAUUCAUACACUUAUUUUCCAAGUUUUACCCGUGUGAGGAGUGUGCUGAAGACAUAAGGAAGAGGAUAUGCAGGAACCAGCCAGACACACGCACACGGGCCAACCUCACCCAGUGGCUAUGCCGCCUGCACAACGAGGUGAACCGCAAGCUAGGCAAGCCAGACUUCGACUGCUCGCAGGUGGAUGAGCGCUGGCGUGACGGCUGGAAGGAUGGCUCGUGUGACUAGAUGGUGGCACUGGGGCCCGUGGGGCUGCUGGCCGGGGCCCACUGCAGGUGGCCCAGUGGGAGAGGGAUGGGGCCCUCAUUAAAGUGUAUAGAGCCCAAGCCUAUGUCUCUUAGUCUGGUGGUCCCCAGCCACUGGCCAAGUAGACACACCCACUGCACGCACCCUGACAGGCACGCUGAUGGCCUCCUCCUCAGUGGAGGCCCUGUGGGACUGCAGGUGAAAGAGGUGGGAGCAGCUCAGGCUGUCUGUUCCAUUCAGGAUACAGCCUCCUACUCGCACCACACCCUGGUGUCCACUUACCGCACAGGAAGGCGACAGGCCUGGUUCGGCUCCCCUGCCCUGCAUUGUGUCCCCAUGUAGCUAGCAACAGCUGCAGGGACUGUAGCCUGCAAGACUGUGUGCUGUGUGCACUUCAGGGAGAACACACCGACCCUGCCACUUGCCCCCUGUUGGCACAUGUCUUUCACAGCUGUACCAGGCCUGUCAGGCUUCAUGGGGCCACCUUCCUCAGGGCAUUGAGAAGAAAAAAUGCUGGAGAAGUGACUAGGGGCCUGGCUUCAGCCUGUGUUUGUGUCGAGACCUACAGUGGUGGGCGGGGCUUGCCCUUGCCCCUCUGUGCUCAGCUGCUGCUGCGGGUCUACAUUCCGGCUCCUUGGGAGGAGGGAGAGGUCCCAAGGCAGAAGUGGACAUUCCAGGAACAGCAAGGAGACCAAGCUUCUGGAGCUGAGAAGUGAGGGGAACUCAAACGGCAUGAGGUCUUUGAGGCCCCAGCAAGGAUAUGGUUUUUAACUCCAGCUCCUGUGACAAGGUCUUAGAGGAUUUGGAGCCCAGGAAUGGUGAGGUGUACUUCUGAAAGGUCCCUCCAGCUGCUGAGCUAGAAUGAGGCAGCAUGGCCGGGAGCAGAGAGGACAGGCACCAUGCGGCCGAGAGGGCAGCUAGCCCCUGGGUCCGUGGAAGAGGGUGGACAUGCUUUGAAGGUAGGGCCAAGAGACACGAGGCGAAGGCGACAACAGGAGGUUGGGCCCGAGCAGCUGGGAGGAUAGAGCUACUCUGUGCAUCAGUGAAAUGGAGAGGGUUUCGACAGGGGCAGGUUUGGAGGUUCUCUGGACCCGGCUUUGGGCUUUUCCUGGAUCCUCUCAGCCAUACCUGUUCCUAGACCUGGCUUCUAGCUGGAAUGGCCCAGCGACAAUGUGCCCUGUCCCUGUGGCAGCCCAGCUGCUCUGGGCAAGGGCCAACCCUUGGCAUGGCCCCCUGAGCACCUGCAGCACCUGGCCCCACAGGGGAGCUGCCUUUUUCCAGAGGGGCCAGGUGACCAGCAGAGAAGCUGCUGCCUUGCCCCAGGUGAACUGUUCCUGGCCCAGGGCUGCUCUCUGGCCUUUCCCGAGUCACCCAUGUGCCAGGGAAGCAGCCAGCUUCUCUGACAGAGCUGUGGUCAGUGCGGAACCACCCCUGCCUUUACCCCUGGCCCUCCCGCCCAGCCUCACUUCCCUGUUCCCUAACUCUGCCUUUCCUGAAGUUUCUACCCCACCCCCAAUAAAACUCUUAACUCUG